ACGUUUGACGUUGAUCUCUUCUACCAACGUUAUUUGACGCGCAACCAUCGGCCGUACCUAAUAUUAUUAUAUUUCCAGCACAUAUAAUAUAUUAUAACUACCUACAUACAAAUCCAACAAAAUAUACAAAAUGAAGACAUCUUUAGUCAUUACGAUUGCGUUGUUCACAAUUGUUACGAUAUCGGAAAUAAGCUGUAAUGAAACAUGCAUGAAAUUCAACGACAAAUGUGUCGAUGACAGUGACUGUUGUUCUAACAAUUGCUACAUGGCAGGCAAUGUAAAUGACAGAUUUUGUAUGGACCCCGUAAAUACAACUGCUGCUGUUAAAGUUGAACAUGGUUUAUGUUCAUACAAUUCAUCGUUCCAUGAAGAAUCCAGCGACGAUACGUUCAAGUUUUUAGGGCUAAAUGCAGCCCACGCUAUAUUACCAAUUGGCUCAGAAAUUAAGUUAACGAACACUGCCAACAAUAAGACCAUAGAUAUCCUAAUAAAUAACUAUUUGCAACCAAACAACGAAACCCUUUUGCAGUUAUCCAAAGAAGCAGCACGCGAGUUAGGUGUUAAAGAUGGAGAGACAAUCCCAUGUUCCAUAUAUUUUUAUGAAAAAAAACCUGACUAUUCUACACUUAAAAAAAUGAUUGGGUUUUCUGCAUCAUUCUUUGUAGUUGUAUUCAUCAUAUUCAAUUUUUUGUAAAAUAGUUACAAAGUACGACGGAGUCACCACGUUUAUCUCUACGAUAAACGUUUCUAUUAUAUUAUUGUUAAAUUAAUUUUAUUUUUAAAUAUCCAAUUAAUAUAAUCUAUUAAAACUGUC